GUUAUUAUUUCGGAGAUUGCGUUUGACAUUUGUUAAAGCCUCACUACAAAACAGAAAUAAUGGCAUGUGCUUCCUCAGAAGUGAUUGAUUAGUCAUAUUAUUUCUUACCCACCUUCUUAGAAACAUCAUUUUCUAAUGUUGGAUUUGAAAAUGUAAACUUCUUGUCGACAUCAGACAUCAUUGCAUGAUAUUACUUUGAAAGUAUGUUCAUGUCUAGGAUGAUCCUGUUACAACCUUGUAUAGUCUUCAUUAUCUUCAUUAUUAUCAUUGUCAUAUUUUUAGCAUGUUCAUGUUCCUCCUGAUUGCUACAUCCUCACCUAACAAAUAACUGAGCUGUGCAUUCAUCACCUCUUUCCUACAUUCGAUUCCAACAUAGGUUUAUUGUCAUUUUAUUAAACUGGACGAGUUGAUUCCGGGUACUCAUUACGUAACGAUUAAGUAACAACAAAAUUGAGGGACAUAUAUUUUUAAGGAUCUGUACAUUAGUUACCGGUUCGCCCAUUUCAGGAGAGUAUCUCCAAUCUUUUCUCGGUCUCCGGUCAAUUUCUAAAAUUAUCUCAUAAAUCACUCUAGCUUAAUAAUAUUGUCCUUGAAUCUGAACUUUCACGUGAAAAUGGGUGAUUGUUGUAAACUUGUUGGAUCAUUCUCAAAAGGUACACCAAAGGGUAUCGAAUCAACUAUCGGUGAUUUAAAGACUUACAUUGCAUCACCAAGCCAUGCUCAAGGUGAUAUUGCAGUCUUGAUGAUUAGUGAUGUAUUCGGAUGGCAAUUCGUUAACAACAGAGUACUUGCUGAUACAUACGCUGAAGAAGCUGGUGUUAGAGUCUACCUUCCUGACUUCUUCGAUGGUGACCAUGCACCACACAACGAAGAACAAAGCAAGACAUUUGAUUUAGGCCAAUUCCUCGGAAAGCAUCAUCCACGCCAACAAAAGGAAGUUGCUGAUCGUGUCGCUAGAGCUAUCAAAUCUACUAGCAAAGUAAGAUGUUUGGUUGCCGGUGGUUACUGCUGGGGUGCACCAGCUGCACUCUCCCUUGGUCACGAAGGUGGUGCUGCUGAUGCUGUCUUCUUCGCUCACCCUUCAUUAACUGAAGACGAAGACUUUGAGGGUCUCACAAAGCCAGGUCUUUUCAUCUGUGCGGAACACGAUCACAUUUUCACAGACGAGAAGCAACAGAGUGCUAGAGCAAUCACAGCCAAAAAGGCUAAUCUCGAAGGGGACGCAAGGAUACCAUCAUCAUGGCACACUUACCUAGGUACCACCCAUGGUUUCAGUGUUCGCGGUGAUGAAAAUGACCCAUUCACUGCACGCGCUAUGAGGGAUGCUCAAAAGUUGGUUUGCAACUACUUCAAGAGUUUCUAAAGUCUGUUUUAAAUAAUAACGAUAUCUAUUAUUUCAUUUAAUUCUGCAGAGCGAUUAAAAAAUCAUAACAAUGUCCAUGUGUAUGCCUGUCUAUACAGACUUGGUAACGACAAGUCUGCGGGUUCUUCCAAGCCAUUCAAUCUGAUAUCGUAUUAGUUAAAGUGGUAGAUUUAUAGUCGUCACUCACGUCUGAAACUCUGUCCAUUGUCGUUUCAAGAUCCUGGUCGAAACCUUCUCGACUGACUACUUCUCUUGCAGCAGUUAACAAAACAUGCGAGUCCAUUCUAACAUUAUGAUUAACAUCCAUACUGACGAUGUUAAGUCUGUCGAGAGGCUCAAGGAAGUCUGUUCUUGUCAUGAGUUGUCUAGCUUUGUAGUAACUAACAUGUGGAGAUGCUGCAGGAUCAAUAGGAUCAGGGAGAUCUUCCUCGUCAUCUUCCUCUUCGUUUCCUGGUGUCUUCUGUCUAGCGAGGUAUUUUAACAAGCACCAACUGCAACUAGACCACUU